AUGGAGGCGGCCCCCUCGGCCGCCACCGCUGCCGCCGCCGUGAGUUGUUACGCGGACUCCGUUGACUCCAUGUCCCCGCGCUCCCGCGGAGGGGACCUCUGGGACGAUCCCGUGGCGGCCUCGGCGGCUCCAGCGGCGGCGGCAUCCAAGCUCCGGCUGAUGUGCAGCUUCGGGGGGCAUAUCGUGCCGCGCCCCCACGACAAGGCUCUCUGCUACCUCGGCGGCGAGACGCGCAUCGUGGUGGUGGACCGCCACGCGACUCUGGCCGACCUCCACGGCCGCCUCUCACGCUCCCUCCUCGCCGGCCGCCCCUUCUCCCUCAAGUACCAGCUCCCGUCGGAGGACCUCGACUCCCUCAUCUCCGUCACUGCCGACGACGACCUCGACAACAUGAUCGAGGAGUACGACCGCAUCGCUGCCUCCGCCGGCGCCGGCAAGCCUUCCCGCCUUCGUCUCUUCCUCUUCCCCGCCAAGCCGGCCAGCGUUCCCGCCGGCGACGCCUCCACUGACUCCAUCAGCUCCCUCCUCGACGACUCCAAGUCGGAGACCUGGUUCGUCGACGCCCUCAACGGCGCCAUGCUCGGCCGCAACCUCUCCUCUGGCGACUCCGCCGCCUCCUCUUCCGUCAACUGUCUGCUCGGCCUUGACGACUCCCACCCCUCCCCCAACGACGACGGCUCGCUUCUCCGUUCGUUCGGAUCGGCUUCGUCAGGGCCGUCGGUUUCCAACCCGAGGGGGGGGAUCGGCGCUGGGCUGGACGGCCACUUCUCUAACGAUCUGAAGCUCCCGCCACCCCCGCCACCGCCGCCGCGGGCGCAGCAGCAGCAGCAAUCGGUUGGGGACGUCUUCAAUCUCCACUGUGGCCAGUAUUACCCCACACCUCCUCAGCCUCAACUCAUCAGCCCUAGUUCUCUCACGGCGACGUCGGCCGCUGGCUCCGCCGCAAGCAACAUCUCCCCCGGGGAGACCUCGGUCCUUGGUCGGGAUCUCUCCUCCGACGACGAUAAAUCAGACAAUGGAGGAGCUCGGCGAUCUCCGACUCCUCAGCCCAAGGAUCAACAACAGCAGUCCCAGCAGCAGAAGUCUAACCUUCUGGAUGUACCCAUCUCCGGCGACUCCUAUUCCAGGUAUUCCCCGGUGAUUCCCCACGCUUUCUUCAAUCCACUGAUGUUAUCUUCUAAAUUCCCCGCCGUCUUCUCCAUUUAGACCCAUCUACUAUCAGGAUAGGCCUCCCCCUGCCAGUGAUCCGAAGCAGGAGGUCGCCAUCGCCGACUACCGCCAGCCCGUGCAUGUCACAGAUCAGGGUUACCUGAUGCAGCCGCUGCCGCCGCCGUUGCAGGCAGUCGACCAGCUUCAGCAGCAGCAGCAGCAGCAGCAGUAUCAGCAGCAACAGUUCGUCCAGGCUCACCCGCAUUUGGCCCCCCUCUCUUCCUACUACCAGUUCCCCAUCCACCCGCAGCAGCAGCUUCCCCAAGCCGCCGCCCACCCCUACAACCCCCAGGUUCCCAUGUACUUCCUGCCCGUCCGGCAGGACCCUGGUUAUAACCUGAACGGCGACCCCUCCUCAGGCAAGCCCACCAUCCCCAUGCCCACCGCCGUCCUCCCCUCCCGGGUAGCGCCCCCGAAAUCAGACUCGGCGGCGGGGAAUGCCUUCCGCGGCGGCGCCUCCGCCGGCUCCCAGCCGCCGCAGCCCACGCAGCUUCUCCACUUGCCGGACCAGCACCGCCAGUUCGUCGGCUACCACCCAUUGCACCCCCACCCCUCCCCACCCCCUUCGGCGGCGACCGGUUAUAACUACGAGUUCUCGGAUUCAGUCCAUCCCCAGCAUAUAUACUAUGCCAUCAGCUCUGGAGCCGCCAUGGCCGAGUCCCCUCCGGCAAUGCAGCUGCAAGCCGAGGCCAAGCAGACCAGAGGUUCAUAG